CAGGAGAGGCCGGGCUGGCUCCAGAGCCCCGGCCUGCAGGGCGCGCUCCGGAGGUUCCUGUCAGCGGCCAGCUCGGCGGAUCCCAGGGCGGCCCUCGGGCGGCGGCGCUGCCUGCUGCGUCGCGGCGUGGCCCUCCGGCAGCCGCAUCGGGCGGCGGGAGUUGGUGGCGGGAUGUUCUCAGCCGGGGAGCUGCUGCGGGGCGGCGGCGACGGGGAGCGUGACGAGGACGGGGACGCGCCGGAGACCGAGCGAGAGCCCACGGCGAGCCUGCGGCGGCGCGGGCUGCAGCCGCAGCAGGAGAGUGAGCAGGAUGUUGAAGAAUCACAAAACCACACUGGUGAGCCUGUUGGAGAUGACUACAAAAAGAUGGGGACACUUUUUGGUGAAUUGAACAAAAAUCUCAUCAACAUGGGCUUCACACGGAUGUAUUUUGGAGAACGAAUCGUGGAACCAGUAAUAGUCAUUUUCUUUUGGGUUAUGCUGUGGUUCCUUGGCCUGCAAGCCCUUGGGCUAGUUGCUGUUCUUUGUCUUGUCAUUAUUUAUGUACAGCAGUAAACAUGGCUGAGUGAGUUGCUGUUUCACAUUUGUUAGCCACGUAUGUAAAUUGGAGAGGUUAUGUAUUUCACUUUUGGACCACCAAAAAAGUUUGCCUUGUUUCCAAUUGUGUACUGGCUGUUUGUAAUUAAAUAUAUAUGUGGACAUUGUUUAAAACUAAAUUCAACUCUUGAUUAUAGCAGGAUUAAAUAGAUAGUUUGAAUAUACAUUAGCUUAUUCAAAACUCAUGUUUCACUUACUGUGAUCUCUAUCUCCUUUAGAUACCUUUAUCCCCCUGCCAGAUUUUAUGUAACACCACCAAAAAGUGAGCAGGCAAACUAAUAGAAUAUAGAAUUUAAAUCAAGCAAUAUAGUUCUUGUAAAGAGUUCUAAUAAAACAUUUUUGAAGAAGGAUGAAACAAGUUAAAAAUAGGUUUUAAUUGGAAAACUGCUCCUCAUGUACCCCACCAAAUUAUCUGACAUUAUUUGGGAAAUUCUUGGAUUUCUGUUGUCCCUGCUCAACCUGAACCAAGAUAAUUAGCAUAUUCUACCUUAAUAUUGUGGUAAAAAUCAGUAAAGCUAGCUCAUUUCCUAAAAGUUGAAAAGAAUAUAUUUACUAUUGUCAGGGAAAGUUCUUGAGUUAUAUAUAACUUUUUUAUAAUGUAACACUUGGACCUGGAAUUACUUCAGUAUAUAAUUUGAAGUGUUAGACAAUUUUGGUGCUAAUUACUUUUUGUGAGUUUCUGAAGUCUCAUAAGCCUAGUUGACUGCACUCAAUGAUAAUAUGCUAUAUUUUCUUGUAUCUGACUUUUUUCCAAGGGAGACAUUUUCAGUGUAAUUUUUUUCAGAAAUUUAUAAUUUUGUAGUUUUCUAUAACAAUUCUAAGAUUUGAAACGAUGUAUUUCCUAUCUUGGCAUAGAUUUUUUUUCUGCAAAAAGUAAUUUAUUUAUACUUUACUGUUAUUUUCAGGAAAAAAAACUGCUUUUCUUUAUUAUCUGUAACAUUACAGUAUAAAAUCAAAUACUUAAAUUUGGAACUUAACAGCCAACUGUAAUAAUAUGCUUCUAAGGCUAAAGCCAAGUCAGUAAUUGGCUAGCCAUAUUAUUAAUGUGUCUGAAUUCAGCACUUUGAAGUUUUAUACUGAAAUAAACAUUUCUUAAAAUAUGCUUGGAAAAUGAAAAAUGGCUUUCAUGAUAUUUGGAGUUUGUUAGAGAGCCUAAAUCUUUAUAAUUUUGUCUCAAAGACUUUAUAAACAAAGGAGAGAUUUAAAUAAUUAAGAAAUUAAAUAUGAGAAAAAUGGGAUAGCAGGGAAUUUUUGGUUUUGGUAGGGCAAUAACUAACACAUGUAGAGUGCUUACUACUCUACUUCAUAAAGUUUUUACCCAAUCUUAUUUUUAAAAUGUGUUCCCUUUAUUCUUGGUGUCUUUUCUUUCUGAAGCAGAAAAUAAUAAAAUACUUUAAACUUAGAUGUCUAAAACCAGAUAAUCCUGAAUAGAAAUAUCAGUCAGGGGACACUAAAAGGUGUUAUGCAUUUGUAUAAAUACAGGCCUUUUUAAAUUUGACUUUCUAAAAACAAAAGAAUUUGUACUAUAUCUUUGUGUUUUUAUUGCAUUUGCAAUAUUUUUAUAGUAACUUUUAUGAACUUAGUAUAAGUGUAAACUGUUUGAAAAGGUGUAUUCAUUUGUACACACUAGAAUUGUGCAGUUUUCAAAAGUCAUGAGAAUUUGUAUAUCUGUAAAAUAUUAAUAGGUAUAUUCUUUUCUAAUGCUACCAAGAAUUUUAAUUUUCCUUUGGAAUGCAACAAAAAUAUAGUGUACAAAUAAGAGCUGUGGUUUCACCAGUGCCUAAUGUUGAAAAUAUUUUAAAAGUAAAUAUUAAUAGUAAUUGUUUAGUGUACUGUAAAUACUAUGUAUCUGCUCACUGCUGUUAAUAGGGCAUUAUUAAAUUAUAUAAUGAAAUAAGA